CUCGGCGGCGGUGCCGGUGCGGAGCGUGGGGUGCCCCGGCUCCGCCGCGCCCCGUGCCAUGUAGGAUGCUGCCGGCUCCCGCAGCCAAGCGGCCGCCGCCCCUGCUCUGGCCCCCCGCCGCCGAGCCCCCGGCGCCCCCCUGGGCCUGGGUGGUCCCGGCCGCCGCAGGGCUCCUCAGGGUCGGCGGCGGCGGCGCCGGGGCUGCUCCCCCCCCGCCUCCGCCGCCGCCGCCGCUGCUGCUGCCGGCGCCGCCGCCGCCCGCGCCCCCCCCCGCCGCCCUGCUGCGGGCCGCCCCGGGCUGGCGCGUCCCCUGCGAGCCGCUCCUGCCGCUGCUCGCCGCCGCCGACCAGCACUCCGCCGCGCUCCUCCACGGGCAGUGGAUAUUUGGAGCUCAUUCUCCAGUCAUAGGAUUUUCACCUUCUUCGAGCGUGGAAUUUGUUCCUGUUUUUCCACCUGUGUACACAUCUACGCUUCCACCUCAUGCUGGGAAAAACUGGAUCGAUAAAAGGCUACCGAACUGCAAAAUAUACUUGAACAAUGCAUUUGCUCUGGAUUCGGCGUGGAUAUAUCCUGAGGAAUCGCGACUCUUCCAGGGAAAUGAGAAGCCUCUGUUAAUGACAAACCAAGUAGCAAUGGCUAUAGCCAGGCCAGCUGCUGCCUCCAGGCCUCUUCCCACGGUGGUGUUGGCACCUCAGCUGAUACCAGGUGGGUGCCAGAAUAGCCUUAAACCGGUCAGCAGCAAUCAGACCCUGGCGCUGGCCGCCGCGGCCACCACUGCCAUGGUGUCGGUGGAGCCCGAAGCCCCCCAGGGACCGUCGGUGCCCAGCGUCCAGCCCUGCCACGUGCUGACCUUCUCCCCGAUCAAAAUUCCAGUCCUGGCUUCGCCUUUUCCAGGUUCUGCCUCCAGAAUGGAUGCUCACGUGGGUCCUUUGAUGCCGACGCAAGUCACCCGGGUAACUGCUGUGUCUGCACCGGCCGUGACGUUCAUGGCAACCAAUUUGGUGGAUCAGACGUUAACAGAUACUGGCAAAGAACCGAGCAGAUCCUCCUGCCCGCCGACCUUGAUUUUACAUACGGAGAGGAAGAGCACCCCUGUGGAGAGCGAUGGCGAUAAGGAUCAUUCUUUUAAACUGGUAAAUGAGGAUGACAGCACAUCAAACGGCAACAAGCCCGUGGCAUCCACUCCGGUGCCAGGAUCGCCAUGGUGUGUAGUCUGGACUGGAGAUGACCGGGUCUUCUUCUUCAACCCUACAAUGCAGCUGUCAGUCUGGGAGAAGCCGGUGGACCUGAAGCACCGCGGCGACAUAAACCGCAUCAUCGAGGAUCCGCCUCACAAGCGCAAGCUGGAAGCUGCAGCAACAGAUAAAUGUGUUAGUUCUUGUCCAGGGGAUGAAAAUGAUGAUCUUAGCAUCAAAACUAAGAGAAAUAAAACAGAAGAUUCCCAAGCUGCCGACCAGGGGAAGGCUGAAACGGAGGAGAAAAACGAGGAAACAUCAGCACCUGAGGUCACGCCUCCCCUAGAAGAGCGCAUCACUCAUUUCCGAGAUAUGCUCCUGGAGAGGGGGGUCUCAGCAUUUUCUACUUGGGAAAAAGAGUUACACAAAAUAGUAUUUGAUCCACGCUACCUUCUCCUAAAUUCAGAAGAACGUAAACAGAUAUUUGAACAGUUUGUCAAGACCAGGAUCAGAGAAGAGUACAAAGAAAAGAAAAAUAAAUUGUUGUUAGCUAAAGAAGAAUUUAAAAAGCUCCUUGAAGAAUCCAAGUUAUCGCCAAGAACGACGUUUAAAGAAUUUGCAGAAAAAUACGGAAGAGAUCAGCGGUUUCGCCUUGUUCAGAAGAAGAAAGACCAAGAGCAUUUUUUCAAUCAGUUCAUACUUAUUCUUAAAAAGAGGGACAAAGAAAACAGGAUACGGCUACGGAAAAUGAGAUAAAACCUCCUGAAACUGGCAAUAAAUAGACAAGUCGAUGUUGUGAGUGCAGUAAGAAACUCAAAUGAAGGCUAAAGCGUUCAGGGUUAAACUUCCAACAACUUGACGCGGAAUCGGAUAGCCCUGAGAAAAACUUUCUCUAAGUGGAGUUUAUUGAAUAUAUAUUGAAUUUGUGAAGGUUGUUCAGCAGGAAUCAGAAGGAUAUUUUGUUCUCAAAGAAUUAAUGUUUCAUAUUGAAGCUCUCUUUUGUACAACAUCCAGAGUUUGAUGCAUUUCUAAUUGUCAUGAUAUGUCAAUCCCUUAAUUGUUUUAAUUAUGCAAAUUACUUGUAAUAUACACAAAUUAUGAAUCCAAUGCAGAUUUGUAAUUAGGCAGAAGCAGAUGCCAUCCAUAACAAUCUCAAGAUAUUUUCAUCAUUUAGGGGAAUUAUCUAAAGCAAUCUUUCGGCAACUUUAUGCAUUAACAUAAAGUAUUUAGAGGCGCGGUGGUACGCAGGAAUUCAUUACGCGGUGUUCAUACGUCUCUGUCCAGUUCUCUGAGUAGUAGUAAUAAGAUAUUAAUCGUUAAUCUUAGUGAAGAGUGUGAAAAUCUUGGCAUACGUUCCAUAGGAAAACUCUCAAGUUUCAGAAAUUGCUUCCUACUUGCCGUGAAUGGUGCCGUCAGGCACGGGCGAUAGCAGCACUUCUCCGUCAGAGUUCCUAGAAAGAAGUUCUUUUGUAAAACCAUCGCAGUAUGAUUUCAGUUACGUUACUGUAUGUGAAAAGUCUGCAUGAGAUUUUUCUCAUCAUCUUUGUAUAAAUAAAUAUUUAACUUUUUUAAUUAAUAAAUAUUUUAAGCCAAUUUUCAGGGGGUUUUAAGCUUCUAAACUUUUUGAAAUACUGGGUAAAAUAGUGCAGGUCUGAUGGUUUUUACUUGAGAGGCAGAAAACCAGAGAGGGCUCCUGCCGCUCAUGCUUUGUAUGCAAAUUCCACGAACAGCGGCUGGAGUUCUGAGCAUACUGAGAGCAAAAUAGUCGCUCUGACUAUGAAGGUAGGAAAUCACGGCUAGAGAAAAUCAGCACAGCUCUGCUGAACAUCAGUAUAUCCCUUCCUUUAUGCUGAAAGAAAGACACGCUCUCCUCUGUCUGUGAUCAUAACCAUUUUCUCAGUUGGCCUAAUUUUUAAGUUACUACUCAUUAGAUUUGUAGAUUUCUAUUAGGUAGGAGUGAUUUUGAUAUUUUCCCCAACCAAUGGUAAUUUUUCUUUAGACGUGUGCUGGAUAUUUUUUAUAAUCAAGGAAAUAAAGGCUAUUUUAUAGUGCUUUGGAAAAAAUGAACUCAGAAUAAUUCCCAGAAGAGCGCUUAACGUAAGACGCGUUUUAGAAAGUACGUAGCAUUUCACACUUCUACACGGAAAAAAUGGUCAUUUAUUUCUAUCAGAGCAAGACCUGACCCAAAGUUGCUGUUGGUAUGAGCGAGGAAACACGCUGCAGUGUUGGAAUUACCAGGUUAAAGAGAUGCUGCCAGCUUCGUCUCCCCUCUGCAGGUGGGGGUUGUACUGUGGGGCCGGAGUGCGAGCUGGCAGAUGCAAUUGGAUUUUGCGUGGCUUGCAAGGCUUGUGGUAGCCGCUCGCUUACAACUUUAUUUAAGGGUUAUUUUUACCUCGCUGGAAGAGCCUGGUUUGGUUUGUGAGUCGGGAGUCCUGCGGGGGUUAGGGAGAGCCAGACGCUGGUCGCUCGUACGGGUGGUAGGACGAGGCAGCUGUGGCCCAGGAAGAGGUGUAGGUCUUUCAGGAGACCUGACGACGGGCUUCACAGGGGGUUUCAUAAGGUUUUGCAAAUUUUCCUGUUAAAAAAAAGGAAAAGUAAGGUGCAUAAAACCAGUGAGAUCUUGCUUUUAUGACCGAAAGCUCUUCUGUUUCAGUGGCUUGUACCCCUCGUGUUGUUUUCUGGUUUAAAUGUAUGUGCGUAUCCAGACCCUA